CGAGUCAACCCGGUUCGACCGGUUGACUCUUGACCCACUGGCUUGUCAAUAUGGUCAGGUUUUCAAAACAUUGUAGCAGAGCCGAUUAUUUCCCUCUCGAUGCCCUGAUUUCGCCUAAUCUUCUUCACCAAAAAUCCGCUGACUCUUCCCUAUAAGGAAAGGAAAUCUGCACCCACACCGAAGUAUAGUCAAAAUCCGCUGAUUCUUCCUGGAUUCUUCGCUGCAAUUCUGAGAUCUACAACGUCAAGAUCCUCUUAUUCUUUGGCGUCAAUUCUAGAAUCAUGUUUGUUUUCGAUAUUCAGUUCGUAAUUUCGUGGAUUUCGAUUCUCUAUUCUCAAUUUCCUUGAUUGCGAUCGGAAGGACGUGAAGGAGAUUUCCCUGGCUGAAAAGUCACGGCCAUGGCUAGCUUCUGAUGGGCUUGGUCGGCAAGUAGGAAUGAAAUUCAUAUAAUCCAAGCGUAAAUUGACAUUCAUAUAAUCUAACCUUGAAACUUUCUUUCAUUUGUAUUAAUUAGAUCUUUUUUUAUUGUUCCAUGCUUUAUUACUUUUGUGCUAAUAUGUCUUCAUAUUUUUGGAACUUUUAUGGUAUUCUAUAGAAAAGUUGUUGUUCAUUUGGAUAAUUUAUGUUAUUAGUGGUGGAAAAUGUUGACACGGAAUCAUGUGAUUUUAGAAAUAACGAUGUUGAAUAUUCUUUAUAUUCAAGCAGUAUCAAGGUUAUUGGAUUUGCUUCUAUAGAUCUAUCUAUCUAUUUGCCGAAAUAUAUGAAUUCAUACAUAGUAUCUUGAUGCAUUGUAUCACAACCUAGGGGUCUUUUUUUCUUUUUAUUUGAUUUUACUUUUAAUAACACAUCGUAGGAUUUUAAAGAUUCGUACUUCGUUUGGAAACAAACUGGAUUGGGCUUAGCUUUUGGAGAAUGCUGAACGUGCGAGCAAACUUAGCUUCAAUUAAGUUGGCUUAGGGAGAUGGAGAUUGAAGCACUUGACGACACCUAUCAGGGAGGUUUUCCUAGGAUAUUGAUGACCAAUUGACGCAAGCCAGAAUCAAGGGGCAGUGCUAGGGUUCCUUCUCCACUCUCUAGCCCUCUACUUUCCCAGAAAGAGAAGUUAUGCAGGUUGGCUUGGAGGUAUUCUAAUAGUCAUCUCUGUUUCUCAAAACAAGGUUUCAAAACCUUUUGCUUCCCAAUUUCCAUGGAUGAAACUUCAGAAGGUUGUGUUAGUAAUAAUUUUAUCAUUUGCUCUAAUGCAAAAAUUGUCAUGACACCUGCUCUAAUGCAAAAAUUAGAGCAAAUUAGUAUUAGAGCAAAUUUCUAACUUUAUAUUAGAGCAAAAUUUCUAACUUUUCCUACUAACGAUGGUGAUGAGGACGCACAUCUCCAAGACCGCGAGAAAGUUUUUGGGGACAAUUCGAUUGUUUAUGGUUGAACAGAAAGCUUUGGAAUGCCUGAUAUUGAGAAAGGAAAAAAAAUCAUCCCUUCCGCUGAUUCCUCUUCUGCCGCAACUCCUUUCAACUAGCUCCGCUCGUCGCUCGCCUAAACUCGCCGGCGGAACCAAAGCAUCAUAUUCGGUGCCGGCCAGUGCCGAGAUCGGAAUUCCCACUCUGAUUUUGGUCUCCACCAUCGCUGAUUCCCCUUCUGCCGUUGUCAAUGCCGUUGUCAUAACGGUAGCCGUGAGAUGGAUGAUGGUCACCGGUAGUAUUAUUGCAGUUCCUAUUCCCCUUUUCUCUUGGCUUGGCUCUGUGCUAUCCAUAGUUAAUUCCCCUUCUCUCUUGGCUCAAUUUUGUAGUGGUGUUGACUGCACCAUAGAUUUUAAAUCCUCACCUUUGCUCAUGAUUUUGGAUGUACGAAAGGAGCCCCCUAACCUUAAGGAUAUACCUUCUGUACGUGAUUUUCCUGACAUGUUCCCUGACGAGCUACCAGAGUUUGAGGGGCGCCGCCGAUCAGAGCAGCAGCGCCGCCGUGACUCGUCGUCGACUCUAGGGGUUUCGUGUCCCUGUCCCGAUCAUCGUUUUGCAAGGUGAUUUGAGAUUUGUUGGGCAUUUGGGCUUGGUUUGAGCCAGUUGUGCCGGCUGUCCGGGUUGGCAACGGGGGUUUCCGGGCGGUGGGCAGCCGCCUGAUAGUUGCCGGGUUGAUCUGGCAGUGAAUUGUACUGCUCCGGCGGGGGCAGCAGGCCCAGGGAUCAAUUCCUUUGUCUUGAGUCCGCGUAGGUAGGAACACAGACUUGGAUGGGCAACCCGGAGAGCAGUGAAGUGGUAGUGUGGUUUUCAUGGCUCCUGUUUUACUUCAAUA